CAAAAAAAGCAUUGUUGUGAGGAAAUGGUCUUCAUAACAAAGCUAUAGAUUGAAGAGAAAAUAGCACGUCAACUCACAUAUUUCACACCUCAUUAGAGUAAUCCAACAACAAAUAGUUGAAUAUGGCAUUCCCCCACAAAACUACUACCAUAUAUGCAUGCCUUUGCACAACAAACUCAUUAUUAGAUCAUAAUUUCUAGCUAUUAUAGAGUUUACAUCUCUUAAGCCUCCUCUCAUGAGGUUCUAAGUGGCCUUUAAGAAGUCAAAAUUUAAGUAGAGAUAUUGAGAUACAUCAACAAGAUCAUGGGCUCUGAGAUCAAGAUCCUCAAGAAGUUGACCCGCGCCGCGUCGCAAAGUUACCUCGGGUUCGGAUUGCUCGUCGGGUUCUUCUUGAUCUUGCUCACCUACUGCAUGGUCUCCGAGCAAUUCGCGAUUCGGGCUCCGAAUGGCACUUUUUCGCGAUUAUCGCCGAGUUACGGAGCUAACAUGAGCCCCUUGGUGCAAGAUAAGACUAAUGCAGGAUUGGAAGAAGAUCGAAAAUCGGAGCCUUUCGAGGAGGAAGACGACAUCGAAGAGCAGAGGAAAACAUCGGUUUCUUCGACUGAUCACGACACCGAGAAUGAAAGAAAACCACAGGAUCAACAGGGAGAAGAUCAAACAGAGAAAUAUGAGCAGGAUCCGGACUUUUUCAAGGGUGAUAAUGCACCGACUACGGAUGCGAUCGAAUCGAAUCAUUUCGAAACUGAAAGAAAACCAGAGGAUCGACAGCAAAAAGAUCGAAUCGACAAGUUUGGAGAGGAAUUGAACCCUUUUAAGAAUGAUGAUGCACCGAGAAAGGAUCCGAUCGAUUCGAAUCAAUUCGGCAAUGAAAGAAAAGCUGAGGAAUGGCAUGAGAACAAAGGAAAUGAGAAAACCCCCCAACAAAUUAAUCCUUUCAUGACAGAAGAUGCGCAGAAAAAAGACGCGAUCGAUUUCAUGCCCUUCGGUGGAGGAAAUCAAAAUACCAACCAAUUUGGCCCUCAAACAAAGCCGAUUUGUGACAUGUCGGACGCGAAAUUCGACUUCUGCGAGAUGAACGGCGAUGUUCGAGUCAUUGGAAGUGCCUCGACGGUGUUACAUGUACCUAACCAAAUGAGCUAUCCAAAUCCUCAUGAGUGGAAAAUUCGACCUUACUCGCGAAAAUAUAUGCAAGAUAUAAAGGAAGUGACCGUAAAAUCCUUAAAUGGUCCCCAUGAAGCUCCCCCUUGUUCGGUUAAAGAGCGCAUUCCCGCUGUUGUAUUCGCGCUCGGUGGGCUCACGGGGAACUAUUGGCACGAUUUCACCGACAUCAUAAUCCCCCUCUUUGUGACUUCUCGACAAUUCAGCGGAGAAGUUCAAUUCCUCAUAACCAACAUCCAACCUUGGUGGAUAGGCAAGUACACUACAAUCUUCAAGAAGUUGUCGCGCUACGAGUUCAUCGACAUGGACAAGGAUAAUCUUAUUCGGUGCUACCCGCACGUCAUCGUCGGUAUAUUAAGCCACAAAGAGUUUAGCAUCGAUCCCGCAAGAGCUCCGAAUGGCUACUCCAUAGUGGACUUCACAAAGUUCAUGAGGCUCACUUACUCUCUAGAGAGGGACAACCCUAUCAAGCUAAGCCAAAACCUUAGUGGCAAGAAACCGCGCCUUUUGAUCAUCGCGAGGGGCCUAAGUCGGCGGUUCACCAACGUUCCGGAGAUUGUUGGCUCCGCAGAGCGGCUAGGGUUUGAGGUGGUGGUGGCAGACGCAAAGUUCGACGUGCAACUUGGAGAAUUCGCGAGGAUCGUGAACUCAUGCGACGUGCUGAUGGGCGUGCACGGGGCGGGGCUAACGAAUUGCGUUUUUUUACCAACGAACGCGGUGAUGAUCCAAGUAGUGCCUUACGGGAAGCUCGAGCACAUGGCGAAGAUGGAUUUUGGCGAUCCGGCGAUCGACAUGAAGUUGAAGUACUUGGAGUAUAGCAUUAGUGCAGAAGAGAGUACAUUGAUGGACAUGUUUGGGAAGGAUCAUCCAAUUAUAAAGGAUCCAAUUGCAAUUCACAAUAGUGGGUGGGAGAAAGUAGGGGAAUUUUACUUGGGGAAACAAGAUAUAAGGCUUGAUACAAGGAGGUUUGAACCUACUCUUUUGAAAGCCCUAGAGCUUCUCCAAUAAAAGAGUGUGUUUGUUGUAGAAUUUGGUGCAUUCACUUCAUUAAUUUGACAUUCUUCUUCUUUUGAAACUUUUCUUUUCUUUUUUGAACUCUUUUUGGAGAGGGAUUUUUUCCUUGUGUUGUAUAGAAGAUCAAAUAGCUAGUUGAUAAACCAUUAAGUUUGGUUUUUUUCA